UAUUUCCCGAGCAGCAAAUAUCUUGUGCCCGCCGGUGAAUCUCUGGAGUGAUUAUCGCGCGAAAUUCGAACUCUAUGGACUCUCUCGAGCGAGUGCGUUGAUCCAUUGUGAAAGUGUCGGUGUUCCUCGGAUUAUCUAAUACUGUGCAAGCAUCAGCAAGAAAGAAAAAAAAACGGCUCCUCGGGAAUAAUCACACGAUUAACAAAGCAACAGCCAAAAAAAAAGACUUUCAAUCAACUGACGAAAUAAUGACUGACGAGGAAACCCCGCGGCGAUGUCCGCUCAACGUUUACGACGGCGUCAGCGAAUCAUCCACACCUGCUCCAGUCGUCCUUCUUCCAGACGCAGAAAACCAACCAACAGCACCGCCGCCGCCGGAACCCGACGUGGCGUCCAGCGAAUCCGUGUCCAUCAUUCCGUCCCUCGCCGUUCGCAACAACGUCGUCGUCGUCGGCCAAGCCGCAUCCGACUCUAAAAUCCCGCACCGAGUGCCAACGUCUUCUUCGAAUCCCACGCUGCAAAACACGGAUUCGCAAGCGGCAACGGAAACGGCGCAGGAAUCGCCGAAAAAGACGUCGUCGACGGCGGCGGCGACGGACCGGGUGACGUCUCCGAAACGGGUCAAGUCCCUGUCGGAGCUUGUUGCGGAAACCCCGGAGUCCCUCCUCAAUGACCUGGCCUACGAGUACCAGUGUUAUCGGGAGCUGGCCUAUUGGGCCAAGCGUGAGGAAGACGAGAUCGUGGCCCGUGUGUCCGGUGGAUGCAUGACGGCGGAGUAUGUGGAGAAGCUCUAUGACGACAUGUGUCCCGAGUCUGUGUGCUAUCGUCUGAUGCAGGAAGUGAUUGAAGAGGAAGAGGAGGAGCAAGUGAGCAGCAGCAAAGACGAGACGGUGAUCGUGGAGGAUGUGAAAGAAGAGCACCCGGUGUCGUACAGUGAGCCACACGGAUUUUCGGGUGCCACUGGUGGUCGUGGUGGUGGUGGUGGUGGAGCGGGGUCGUCGUCGUUGGCGGAUGUCGGGAGCGGGGUGUUUGAUGAGUGCCCGGGGGUGGUCGGGAUCAGGAUUGAUCCUGCCAGCAGUGCCAGCUCGUUUCACAGCAGUAAUAUAGGCAGUGUGUCGACAGCCAAUUCCUCGUUUGGCAGCUUUAUCAGGUCCGUGAGCAGUCGUUCCAGCGGCAGCAGACCCCCGUCCAUCGGGUUCUCUCGCCGUCACCCCCACUUCUCCAUGUCGGUCGACUCUGGCUCCAAGGUCAAGAACUCGUCAUCCUCGUCAUCGACAGCGAGUACGCCUCCUAAUAACCAGCAGCAGCACCCGCAGUCUAGUGGUUCUCACCCGCGCCACCCGAUCCGCUCCUCGUCCCUGGAGCACAUCAAGUUCUCGCACUUGAAGCAAAAAAUGGGCAGCUUUGUCCACGCUCUGGCAGCCAAGGGCUCCUCGCACCACCACCACCAUCACCAUCAUCCUCAUCCCCACCAGUACCACAGUAGCCAGCUGUUGAAGCACCAGAGGAGCAGCUCGCCCCGGGAUAAUACUGACGCUGUCACGGACGAAGAUGACAUGGAGCUGGAAUUUGCUCGCGUGCGACACCACUCUGGUCCUGCCGACGUGGAAUCCGAGUUGGUGUAUGAUUCUAAGCGAGACGUGUGGAUCACUGCUGAGGAAAGAGCCGCGAACAAACGUCGGUGUUUGACCAGGACUCGUAGCGAGGUGUCGCUUGAUGUUCCGUUUUUCUGUCGUCCUGCUUCUUCGCGGCGAUGCGUAGACGACCCAUACGCGGGUCUGGCAGGGAAAAACAGGUAA